AUGGAAGUUAGAGUCCAGACAGUUUUCUGCAUGCUCCUCCUUUGCUAUUCUGGGGUUGUUUUCUCUGCUCAGGGGCACAGAGGCCUCAAGGCCGGUUUAGCAUUCAGAAAUCUCUCUUUUAAUCAUCACAGCAGAUACCCUCUGUACAUGAUGCAGCUGUACCGCUCCUUCAGGACUGCUGAUUCUUCAUCACUAGCUGGAAACACUAUAAAUAUACCAGGAGACAACCUGUCUGCACACAACUCAGACUCUGUCUUAAAUCUGAUGGCAAAGGGUUGCCAUCAAGUGGGUAAGAGAUGGACAGUGAUCGUUGACAUGUCUUCCAUCUCUACCAGUGAUGUCAUCCAGCUGGCAGAGCUUCGGAUCAGACUACCAGCUUUCUCUGCUUCUAAGCGUGUCAUUGUGGAUUUAUAUCACUCCCGAAAGCAGAGCUGUGACAAGGACAGCACACCAUGCCAGGAUGAGCACCUUUUCCUGGGGAGCAUUGACGCAUCACCUAAUAGCACAAACUCCGCAUGGAAGGUUUUUAAUGUGACUGCUCUUUUAAAAUACUGGCUGUAUCAGGGAGAUGGAGUGUCGAGCCAGGAGGCCUCAGGAGAGCCUGAGAUAGAUGAAGGGAGUGGUUCUGGCGAUGAAGGGCAGAUAUCCGACAAAGCCUUCUUCAAGAAUCUGCAAAGACGACAAAAAACAAUACACCAUCCAACCACAAACUGGGUCAUGAUGGUCAUAUUCUUCAAACAUAACCUGCGUCAGGAAGGCCACGCAGCAUAUAGUCUCAUUCAUACAGUGGAGAACUCUAAGUAUGUCACCAUGGACAUAGCGAGCAGUGACAGUCAGAGUCGACGCCGCAAAAGAAACCGAAUGGAGAGGGUGAUGGUGGCUGGUGGAGCUGCACCUACUGCAGCACCAGAGGCCAUUCAGCGGCCGCUGUGUCGUAAGGUGGACAUGUGGGUGGACUUUGAACACAUCGGCUGGGAUGAGUGGAUUGUGCACCCUAAGCGCUUCAAUGCAUAUCGCUGUGAGGGAGAGUGUCCUUCACCUCUGGAUGAUUCCUUCCAUCCAACCAACCACGCAUACAUGCAGAGCCUCUUGGGACAUCACAAUCCAGGAAGAGUGUCUUGCCCAUCCUGUGUACCAACGCGCCUCAGCCCGCUCUCCAUGCUGUAUUAUGAGAAUGAUGAUUUGUCCCUGCGGCACCACGUCGACAUGAUUGUUGAGGAGUGUGGCUGUCACUGA